CUUGACGAACGCGACGAUGGCUAUUACUAUACGCCUACAUUUCCUAGGCAAACGAAAGAAGCUCGCAUCAACAUGGUGAUGAGCGAUAUCCCGGAUGAGCUGAGCGAACCUCGUUGUUGGACUGCAGAGGAUUGCCAAAAACACGAUUUCAGAGAUGUUGGUCGCAAACCAGCCUACAUGACCUAUGGAAAAGGAUCGAAGAAGACCGAGUGGCUCCAUGCCCGAUACAUAUCGCCACAAGAGAACCACGAUGCUGGUCGUUUCGAGGCAAUGACAAAAAUUCGCGACCACUUCUUGGAUCACGAAUAUCAGAAAGAAAUGCUGGCUGUCCAAGCAAACAAGACGAAUCAUCUUGAAAGGCGCGGAACUGGCUUCGAUCUCUCGUGGGCUGUCCCACCUCAUCACGCUGGAAUCAGAAUAUCGAAAAUCGCUCAAAAGCAUGAGUCUAACACAGAGAUACUCAAGCUUCUGGCAGAAGUUAAUAUGGACAUCUUGGGCGAAGCGGUUCCAGAACUGAACGCCCGUGGCGGCAUGUACCUACGGCAAUGGGCGAAGAAUGCUGCCAUGACUUUUGGGAGCGAGUCCAACGUAUGCUCUACCUCUGCUCAGGUCAAUGUCUCCAAGCUGGGAGAGAAUCUGGGCGUUGCUCUCAAGGGAAAGGGCAAGCCACACAUGGAUAUCAAUGAUGUCCCAACCUAUUAUACAGUCCUACUAUUUCUGAGCAAUCCACCACCCGAGUGGUAUGAGGGAAAGUUUGUUAUCUACAGCACCAGAGUCUUCUGCGAAGGAGCAACUUUUGGUGCUUUGGUAUUCUCUUCUAAGCACCCACACAGCAGUCAAGGUUUUGGUUUCUAUCAACCUGACUUACCGCAAGAUCUUCGAUACACCCUACCCGAAGGUCUAACCUUACCAGUGGUUCCCGACCACCUACCCCAUAGUCGUGUAGCUAUUCCAAUCUACUGCCGGAGCGAUGCCAUGAAGCCUCGGAAGAAGUGGCUGAAAUGGCUGACAUCGGACACUUUACCUGAAGAAGCCAUUGUCGUUUUCGGGACCAAGCGUAACCUGCAAGAAUGGGGGCUACGCUUUUUCAUCAACAUACGAAGCAAGAACGAUAUACGCUCUGCCGAUGAAUGGUGCGAUGCAUACACUUAGGUCGAGAAUGGUGUGAUGGAAAGACCUGCCUUAUGGAUUGCCAUAUUGGCUUUGGAGGAGAAUGUGGAACUGGAUAAGCUGUACAAGGCAUUCUACCAGAUGACACUUGACACCAGCUGUGGGCGCUCUAUGCCAAAGCAACAAGGCCAAAAUGCGGCUCAAAAGCCCAGGAAGAAGAGAGGAGAAGGAGCGAAAUACAAUCCAGAUGAGUCCAAAGUGCAAUGCCGC